AUGGGAAUCUUGACUUUCAAUGAUGUGCAUGUGAAAUUCAGCCAAGAAGAGUGGGCUUUGCUGGAAUCUUCCCAGAAGCAACUCUACAAAGAUGUGAUGCUAGAGACCUGUAAAACCCUCACUGCAAUAGGCUACAAUUGGGAACACCAUAAUAUUGAAGAACAUUUUCAAAGUUCUACAAGUAAUAAAAGGCAUGAAAGCAGUCAUACUGGAGAGAAACACUUUAAAUGCACUCUCUGUGUUAAAGCCUUCCCCUAUAUCACUGUUCUCAUAUGUCAUAAAAGAUCACACACAGGAGAUAAGUCUUACAAAUGUAAUCAAUGUGGUAAAGCCUUUGCAAAAAACAGUACUCUCAUAAGCCAUAAAAGAACACACAGUGGAGAGAAACCUUAUGAAUGUAACCAAUGUGGUAAAGCCUUUGCAGAAAACAGUAAUCUCUUAAGCCAUAAAAGAACACACACUGGAGAGAAACCUUAUGAAUGUAACCAGUGUGGUAAAGCCUUUGCACAAAACAGUCAUCUCAUAAACCAUAAAAGAACACACACGGGAGAAAAACCUUAUGAAUGUAACCAGUGUGGUAAAGACUUUGCAGAAAACAGUACUCUCUUAAGCCAUAAAAGAACACACACUGGAGAGAAACCUCAUGAAUGUAAUCAGUGUGGUAAAGCCUUUGCACAACACAGUACUCUCAUACGGCAUAAAAGAACACACACUGGAGAAAAACCUUUUGAAUGUGAAGAGUGUGGUAAAGCCUUUGCAUGCAACAAUAAUCUCAUAAGCCAUAAAAGAACACAUACUGGAAAGAAACCUUAUGAAUAUACCCAAUAUGAUAAAGCCUUUGCACAGCAGAGCCAUUUGAUGAUCCAUGAAAGAACACACACUGGAGAGGAGCCUUACAAAUGUAAUCAAUGUGGUAAAGCCUUUAAAAAAAACAGUCAGCUCAUACGGCAUAAAAGAAAACAUACUGGAGAGAAACCUUAUGAAUGUAACCAGUGUGGUAAAGCCUUUGCACAAAACAGUCAUCUCAUAAGCCAUAAAAGAACACACACUGGCGAGAAACCUUAUGAAUGUAAUGAGUGUGGCAAAGCCUUUGCACAAAACAGUAAUCUCAUAAGCCAUAAAAGUACACACACUGGAAAGAAACCUUAUGAGUGUAACCAGUGUGGUAAAGCCUUUGCAGAAAACAGUACUCUCAUAAGCCAUGAAAGAACACACACUGGAGAGAAACCUUAUGAAUGUAAUGAGUGUGGUAAAGCCUUUGCAGAAAACAGUACUCUCUUAAGCCAUAAAAGAACACACACUGGAGAGAAACCUUAUGAAUGUAACCAGAGUGGUAACGGGUUUGCAGAAAACAGUCAUCUCAUAAGCCAUAAAAGAACACACACUGGAGAGAAACCUUAUGAAUUUAACCAGUGUGGUAAAGCCUUUGCACGAAACAAUCAUCUCUUAAGUCAUAAAAGAACACACACUGGAGAGAAACCUUAUGAAUGUAACCAGUGUGGUAAA